CACAAAAGCCAAAAGGUGUGGUGCUAAAUGAGCCAAGUCAAUCCUCAGCGCGCUAGAUGAAAUUGAACAAACAGUCGACAAAAACAACCAAAUCUUCAAACUUAGUCGCGCAGACGUAGACAGACGCAGACGCAGAGCAUCGCCAUGAAGAAGGCGACAGGUGCUUUCUUCUUCUUCAUGGCUACUCUGGUUAUGUGGGCUGUCUCCGUCUUCUUCGAAAUACUAUUCAACAAGCGUAUCGAGCUCCUUCCACUCCUUUAUGGCUUCUCCUUUUACCAAUUCGCCAAUUGGGUUUGCCGUAAAUUCAUCUCUAGAGAUCCUCUUUUGGUUAACACAUGUGUCUCUCUUCUCCAUUCUUCCAUUACCUCCACUUCAGUGAUGCUCAUUUUGGUGAAGCAGUUGCUAUCCAAUGGUUUAGAUGAGUUAUUUGAGCAUUCACAGCUAGUUAAAGCAACUUGGCCAUGGGCAUAUUCGGCAUUGUGCAUUUCAUGUGGCUAUUUCGCAUACGAUCAAUUGGAUAUGUUGUUGUAUGGGUUAUAUAGUGGUUGGAUACCCUCCAUCCUAUUGCAUCAUUUUAUUCUCCUUGGAUGCUUUACUCUUGCCCUAUAUCGGAAUGUCACAAUCAACUACCUUAUUUUAACUCUAAUAUGUGAGUUGCAUUCUAUCUUUCUUCAUGUGAGGAAAGUGAGGCGGAUGGCCGGCAUACGUGAUGCCAAGAGCAAGUCUGUGAAAAUAGAAUGGUUCUUUAAUAUAAGCACCUUUUUAUUUGCACGUUUCUGGUCUCAUGUACUCAUUACUGUCAAGCUUGUAAAAGAUGCUUCCAAGUUUGAGAAAGGUGUGGAGCUCCCAGUUGCUUUGUUUGGUAUGGCAGGGAUGAAUUUGCUUAACGUUUCCCUUGGCAUAGAUCUCUUCAAGGCUUUCAGGAGGGAGAUAAACCGACAUAAUAUUCAUCAAUUGUAGGCCUCAUUUAGGAACCAUGUUCUUUCCCCUUAAGUGUUGUCCGGAUAAAUGAUAUAUGUUUGGAGGAGCAUCGUAAUUGAUAGUAAAAGAUCAUUUUAGGGAUUAAUGUUGAAUGACAUAUCAUUGUUGUUUUGAAUGAAUGUUGUGUUGUAUUAACAAAUGUAGUUUCUUUUG